UCCAAAUGGACUCGACUCCCACCUCCCUCCUCCUCCGCCCUCCAAUAGAUAUAAAGAAAGACGCCGGCGCCGGCGGCAUGGUCUUCGACUCCACUUUGCUCCGGAAACAGACCAAGAUACCCAAGGAAUUCAUAUGGCCUCCAAGCGAAAGGCCGAGGACUCCCAAGGAGCUGAAUGCGCCCGUGGUGGACCUCCAUGGUUUCUUUCGUGGCGACGAGGCAUCCACCCUGCGGGCGGCGGAGCUCGUUAGGAGGGCCUGCAUGAGCCACGGCUUCUUCCAAGUCACCAACCAUGGCGUCGAUAUCUCUCUCACCCGAGACGCAUUUGACUGCAUGGAUGAAUUCUUCAAGCUUCCCCUCGGCAGCAAGCUCCUGGCGAAGAGGAAGCCAGGGAGCAUGUGGGGGUACGCCGGGGCUCACGCCGACCGCUUCUCAACCAAGCUGCCAUGGAAGGAGACCCUCUCCUUUGGCUACCAUGAGCCUGGUCCGGAACGCAUGGUCGCGGACUACUUCACCUCCAUCCUCGGCAAAGACUUCGAGAGAACGGGGUUGGUCUAUCAAAGGUAUUGCGAGGCCAUGAAGGACUUAUCAUUAGCCAUCAUGGAGAUUCUAGCAAUCAGCUUGGGAGUAGAUCGAUCCUUCUAUCGAGAAUUCUUCGAGGACAGCAGCUCUAUAAUGAGAUGCAACUACUAUCCGCCAUGUCAAGAGCCGGAGCUCACCCUCGGGACCGGACCACAUUGCGACCCGACCUCGCUCACCAUUCUCCAGCAAGAACAGGUUGCAGGGCUUGAGGUGUUUGUCGAUGAUGAAUGGCGCUCCGUUCGCCCGAUCCACGAUGCUCUUGUCAUCAACAUUGGCGACACGUUCAUGGCCUUGUCGAACGGCCGGUACAAGAGCUGCCUGCACCGGGCGGUGGUGAAUCGGCUGCGGGAGCGGCGGUCGCUGGCCUUCUUCCUGUGCCCGAGGGAGGACCGGGUGGUGCGGCCACCGCCGGGGGAUCUCGGGAGGCCGAGGCUGUACCCGGACUUCACAUGGGCCGAUUUCAUGGCAUUCACCCAGCACCACUACCGGGCCGACAUGCGGACCCUCCCUGCCUUCACCCGCUGGCUUCUAUCCUCCAAGACUCCAUCAACCUGACUUCUUCUCCUUUGGAUCCUUUUGAUCAUUGCCUCCAUGCCCAUGGAGCUACAUGGCUUCAUCCUCUGCCUCACUCCCUCACAAGAUCAAUUAUAUGGACAAAAACAAAUUACAUGUUGUUGUUGUUGUCUUUGUUAUCAUUAGGCCUCCUUGUUGUUUCUCCCUAGUGGAAAUCCCCGACGAGUUGAGGUGUGGAUGUGGCGAGGCUCGCUCAUGUGAUGCCCUGCCCCACAAUGCCACAGUUUUUGUGGGCAGGGUGUCAAUUUUGUAUCUUCUCCGAAUAAAAUCAUAUACAUGUAUG